GCAAAUGCAGGACAGUCAUUUUGAAGGAAGGACCCCGCCCUGCUCGCCUGGGAUGUUGUUGUCAUUGUACAAUCUCUAUUUCUGAUAUUUGUAUUCAUUUAUAGUCAUAAAAAUGCCCUUGUUUGAAGGCUUGGGCAGUGGAGGAGAGAAGACAGCAGUGGUCAUUGAUUUAGGAGCGGCGUACACAAAAUGUGGUUUUGCUGGAGAGACGGGACCGAGGUUCGUCAUUCCCAGUGAGAUUAAACACCCUGGAUCUCAGGAGGCUGUUCGAGUCGUCCAGUACAACAUCAACACAGAGGAGUUGUACAAUAUUCUGAAGGAGUUCAUUCAUCUGCUGUACUUCAGGCAUUUGCUUGUGAAUCCUCGUGAUCGUCGUGUGGUGAUCAUUGAAUCCAUCCUGUGUCCAUCGCACUUUAGAGAAACGCUCUCCAAAGUCUUCUUUAAACAUUUCGAGGUUCCAUCAGUGCUGUUUGCUCCGAGUCACCUGAUGUCUGUUAUGACUCUAGGCGUUCAAUCUGCUCUUGUGAUGGAUUGUGGCUACACAGAGACUCUUGUGUUACCAAUCUAUGAAGGGAUCCCAAUCCUGUCAGCCUGGGAAGCGCUGCCAAUGGGAGGAAAAGUCAUUCAUAAGGAGUUGCACAGUCUGUUGUCCGAGCAGUGUACGGUGGACACAGACGCUGGCAAAGGACUCAAUCUGCCCUCCGUUAUUAGUGCUAUCUCGGAGGACGUUGUGGAGGAUAUUAAAGUGCGGACGUGUUUUGUUAGUGACUUGCAGAGAGGCUUGAAGAUUCAGGAGGCCAGAUUUAACAUGGAUGGAUCAGCGGAGAGACCUGCUCCUCCUCCAGAUGUAGAAUAUCCAUUAGAUGGCCAGAAGAUUCUUCAUGUUAAAGGCUCCAUCAGAGAUUCAAUUGCUGAGAUGUUGUUUGAACAGGAUAACGAGGAGAAAUCCAUCGCCACUCUGCUGCUCGACACAUUGGUUAAGUGUCCCAUUGACACACGUAAGGUUCUGUCAGAGAACCUGGUGAUAAUCGGUGGAACAGCCAUGCUUCCCGGGUUCCUGCACCGUCUGCUGGCUGAGAUUCGCAUGCUGGUGGAGAAACCGAAGUACCGAGAUGCUCUAGCUACAAAAAGCUUCCGUAUCCACAGCCCACCGGCUAAACCCAACUGCACUGCCUGGUUAGGAGGUGCUGUUUUUGGAGCAUUGCAAGACAUCUUGGGCAGUCGGUCUGUAUCCAGAGACUACUACAACCAGACAGGCCGCAUCCCAGACUGGUGCUGUCUCAGUACCCCCCCACCCGAAUCGGUUUAUGAGGCAGGAAAGACCCCCCCACCUCUGAUGAAGAGGGCCUUUUCCACCGAGAAAUGAACUUUGUACCCCUCAACUAUAACAUCCUCUGUCUAAUCAUUUCUUAAUAUGAAGACUAGGUGUAGACAAGACCGCCAGGGGCCAAUCACCACCACAACAGUUUGUUUGCAGGCCUUUGCAAUACUAAUGAAUGGUUGUGAAUUUAACAAUAGUACCAUUUUAAAUAGAGGCAUUAAAGUAAAGACAGAGAUAAAUCUUUCAAAUGCACCAAUUCAGCUUCUUUUUAUUUUAAUGAAGGUCCGGGAGGAAAGGACAUGGAAGGCCACUUGAUUAUAGAUGUCAAGAGAAAAUAAAUCCAGUAUAUAAUAUCAAUUAUAUUUACAUACAAUGUGUUUGACACUCAAUGUGAUAAAAGGGUUUGUGUAUUUAUUUGGAUUCUAAAAGAAUAAACAUU